AUGAGUUUCCUAAAGUGUAAAUGUGGCUGCGACAAGCUCAGCAAAGAAGAGCUGAAGGCAGUAAUGUGUUCAUGCGAUAGAAUACAAGAUUUCUUAAAGAAUCCAACCGCCCGACAGAUGUUUCGAAGUGAGUUUUCUAGAGAUGGGCCCGACAGUUACGCAUCGCAACCAUCCGGUUCUCAGAACCGUCCGGUGGGACGCACUCCCAUGCUAAAUGCCAUCAAAUAUCUGGAUUGCAUCGAGGAAGCUGACAGGUUGCUUCGUGCGAAUGAUUUGAGCGAUGAAGAGGUUCAAGACUUUGCUGAUCGAGUCCCAGCUCGGGAGUUGAGUGAUCAACUGUACGACAGUACUAGCACGAAUCGUGCAGAAGCACUGGAAGCAAUCGUGACGGAGUAUUGGAAUCGCCUUAAGGCAACGGAGCAGUACACAAAAUUUUUGGAAAAAUUGAAAACGGCAUACGAGGGAAAAACUAGCAUCAGAAAACAAUAA